AUGACGGAUGAUGUAACUGAAACUCAGGCAAUUACAAGCCCAGUAAUGGCAACGCAAGAAGAUGAUUCUGGUAUCUCUGAAAAAAGUAAAAUUUUGUCCAACGUCAAGACAGAAAUUAACAUUACGGCAGCUAAUGCGUCUAAGACAAAAGUACCGGCAGCAGUCUCAACCGAAAGAGAGCCUGGAAACAGCUUAUCAACUGGACAACAUCGGCCUCGUCUUUUGAUGCCUGCUGGCGUACCUACACAGCUUGGACAGAUUAUCACUAAGGAUGGUGUGGUACAAUUUGUUGUUCAGCAGCAAUGUUUUAAUCAGCUUCCAUCGAUAAGUUCCGGAAAGUCAUUCUCCUUAACAGCCAUUCCAGUUUCAGCUGGAACUGUCACACUUAGUUCGGAAGCAAUACCUAACAAUUAUUGCGAAUGUUUUGCUAAUGGAGAAUUUUGCAAGAAUUGUAACUGUACGAAUUGUCAUAAUAAUAUAGAACAUGAAAAUGAAAGGAGUAGAGCUAUUAAGGCUUGUUUGGAAAGAAAUCCACAUGCCUUUCGACCAAAAAUUGGCAAAGCAAAAGAAGGAAAUGAAAGACGCCAUAGCAAAGGAUGCAAUUGCAAACGAUCUGGAUGUUUAAAGAACUAUUGUGAAUGCUACGAGGCCAAAAUUCCAUGUACAGUUUUGUGUAAAUGUACUAACUGCAAGAAUCGUGAAGACUGCCUCGAACGAAAAAAUCUUAUGCAGCUUGCCGAUGCCGCAGAUAUAAGGGUAAAGCAGCAAACUGCUGCCAAAUCGAAACUUUCUACUCAAAUUGAUGAUUUAUCUGCAAGCAUAUCUGCAAAAAAUGAUGGUAGCAGAUUGCCACUAAACUUUAUUAGCGCCGAAGUUAUUAAAGCGACCUGCAAUUGCUUACUAAAACAGGCUCAGGAAUCAGAAAAAGUCAUUCAUGCGGUAAAUAUUUAA